GUCCGGAUGAAGUUGAAGAAUGACUGUAUUGCGAAACAAUGAACGUAAGCGAAAAUUUUGAAAAUACUUGCAUAUAGUGAAGUUUGUGUAAAAAAUAUUGCAUGUGCAGUGUUUUGUGAGGUCAAACCUAAACCUUAAUGUCUGUACAUUUGCCCGCCAAACACGUUCAUCUAAACCAACAGAGUCUAAAUAAUCAUUAUGGUUCGUACGAUUGUAUAGAUUUUGCGUUUGUUUUUCAUCUGAUCGAUCACCAAGGUGGGUCACUAAAGGUCUGAAGUUUGGCUGAUAUCAGGCAAAAUACUGCCAUCUUCCCAACGAAUGAGAACUCGAUGCCUAAAUCUCUCAGAACAACUGUUUUCAAAGACCCUGAGCUGUCAAAAUAUUUCAGUCAUGAGAAUCCAGCGGCUGUAUUUACCGACUUUCGGCAAAUUGGCUGCGGUAGCUUUGGAGCAGUUUACUACGCUCGGAAUCGCACAACAGGUGAAGUCGUAGCCAUAAAAGAACUAAAGGUUGAUACUAAACGUAAAAAGUCUGAAGAAGAGUGGAACGAUAUCGUUAGGGAGAUAAAAUUCCUUUCUCACCUCUCCCACAAAAACUGCGUACUACCGAAAGGAUGCUUCAUGAAAGAGCAAACUCCAUGGUUAGUGAUGGAAUACUGUAUCGGCUCAGUCGCAGAUGUUUUAGAAGUGCAUAAAAAACCACUUCGGGAGGAUGAAAUCGCUUGUAUCGUCCAGGAAGUACUGACUGGUCUUGAUUACCUACACUCUGAGAAAAGAAUUCAUCGAGACAUCAAAGCAGCUAAUAUCUUACUAACGGACUCUGGUGGCGUAAAGAUUGGUGAUUUCGGAUCAGCUAGUUUUGUGAGUCCGGCCAACAGCUUCGUGGGGACACCAUUUUGGAUUGCCCCAGAAGUUAUUCUGGCUAUGGAACAGGGCAUAUAUGACGUUCGAGUGGAUGUUUGGUCUCUAGGAAUUACUUGUAUUGAAAUGGCUGAGUUGGAACCUCCUUACUUCAGCGCUACCAAUCCAAUGGCCGCACUAUAUCAGAUUGCUUCGAAUGAUGCCCCACGACUGGUAGGAGGUAACUGGUCCGAUGAAUUUCGGGAUUUUAUACGAUUUGUUCUCCAAAAAGAUAUGAAUGAAAGACCAUUUUGUUCCCAAGCCAUGACACACCCCUUCUUGGCUAGUGUGUUUCGUUUUGCCCAUAUUCUUCCAGAGUUAAUUCAGCGAACCAAAGCAGCCGUAGCCGCUCAAGAAAAUCAAAUUAGUCAAAAAUGGAAAAAAAUUCUUUAUGAAAGUGAUUUAAACCGUUCUUCAUCCUCUGUUGUACCCAAUAGUAGUGAGGAGAGCCCAACGUCUAAAAAAACUGUAUUUGUCUAUGAUGACUCUAACGCAGAUAUAGAGGCUUCUGCAAGAAAUUCAUACAAACCACAUCUUGUUUCUGGAAUGUUAAGGCAAUCUUACGAAGGACCAAACGUUGGUGGAUCUGAGCGCAGUUUGCGACGACAUGAUUUACGAAAAGCAUCUAUUCAAACUCACCAGCGUGAUUCUAACAGGUGUAUUGAUGAGGAGGCCUGUCAUGAUAGUAGUUCGAUAAACGAUGAUGUAGAGUAUCUUGUGGUAAGCUGUUUUUAUUUUUGUACCGUUUAAAUUAAAAAAUUUCGUAAUUCGUUGUUGCUUUAUAAGUUUCAUAGAGGUUUUCUGAAUUUCGUAGUUAACAUUACGGACUGAUCCCUGUAA